GGUGAGGUUACGCCUCCCUGGAGCCCCGCGCCGCUGGCUUUUCAGCGACUCGCCAGGAGCCUGCGGCCAGAGCCCCAGACGGCGCCGACUGUGCGCUCCUCCGCCUCCCUGCACCGUGCGCCUCGCCCAUGUCUCAGUACGCUCCCAGCUCGGACUUCAAGAGGGCUUUGGACAGCAGUCCCGAGGCCAACACUGAGGAUGACAAGACCGAGGAGGACGUGCCCAUGCCCAAGAACUACCUGUGGCUCUCCAUCGUCUCGUGUUUUUGCCCCGCGUACCCCAUCAACAUCGUGGCUUUAGUCUUCUCCAUCAUGUCUCUGAACAGCUACAAUGAUGGAGACAUCGAAGGAUCCAAGCGGCUUGGGAGGAAUGCCAAGUGGGUGGCCUUCGCCUCCAUCAUUAUUGGCCUUCUCAUCAUUGCUAUUUCUUGUGCAGUUCACUUCGCACGAAAUGUCUGAGCAGCCAGCAGUCAGCCAGGAGCAUGGACGAUGGACCUCAUCCACACACACCCCAAAGGAGUUUCUGAGGAAUGGAUCCUUGACUUCAGACUGUGAGAUCUUUUCCUCCAGGACUCUCCCUGGCAAAUGAACUAAUAAUGAAAAGAAAAAAAAAAUGUCCAAAAUUUAGGAAAACCAGGCAGCAAAGCCAGGUCAGCUAGAGUCAUUGUUUUUUCUUUUUAAGAAAGAAAAUCAAGUCUCACUCUUUCAGUUUAUCAGAAGCCAUUGUGUCCAUGUGUCCAUUCCUCUUCUCCAGAGAUAAGCCUCAGAAAAUCUCAUUACUUCUAAUGGGGGAGGGGGGUCCAGGUCCGGAAGGAGAGGGAGGUUCUGGGAGGAGCAAUGGACGCUGGUGUUUGCGAUGUUGAGCACGUUUGUAGCAUGUUUAAAGUCACCAGACAGAGCUGAAUUUGUGGAUUGUUUCCUUUGAUUUUUACAUGUUGCAGCUUCGCUUCAAUCUUCAGUAGCUCCUCCUCCAUCAGUUCCCCAGAGUUCACCGUCCCAUCUUUGAAGACUCAGAUGAAGGAGCCUUCUGGUCUUUUGUCUUGAUCUCACUUUUUGUAACUCCCUCCCACCGACCCCUUCCUUGCAUCCACCCUGGGUGAACUUGACCACAGCCACAGUUUUCACUUAGAUUCUGAGAAUGUACUUAGUGGUCAAUUCCAGGUCCACGGCCACCUUUCCCAUCCCAGUUUUGGGAAUAUACUGGCUGUGUUUAUGGAAUGUGCUUUUAUUCAAUCUCUCUCUCUCCUCUUUCUCUCUUUAGCAAGUCUCAGGCAAGAUCUUUGAUUUUCCUGGAUGCCACCUGGAAAUGCCACCCACUGUAUUUAUUUUCUGUCAAAUGUAAACCCUUUAGGUGUGACUGUACGGGUUUAACAAGGCCACCAUUAUUCUGCCUUCCAGAAGACGUUAACCCCGUGUGCAAGACAUACCGCUGGUGGUACACAAAGAUAAUUUUUAAGUCAUUUAAAGCCACAACAUUAAGUGACACUGAAUCACAAAGAACAUUUGCCCUUUUCUAUUCUUUUUCAAUCCUGAUUACAGCUCAGAGAAAGUCUCUGUGUAGUGCUCACGGGUCCUUUACACCUUUCUGAUCCUUUGGCUCUUUUUCCUUCUUAAUAAAGAAAGAGCAGGCCUCAGGUUCAAAGUCUUUUGUUUAAAUAGAAUUUAAUAACUUACUGGCUUUUGUUUUCAUUCUAUGUAUUUUAUUAAUUACCUUCCAUUUAUAGCUGUCUACUUAGGGACAUUGUUUUCUGUUCAAAUACAUUUACUUAAGAAAAGGAAGUGGACUCAAAGAAAAUAUUAAGUGGUUAACACAACAGGUGAUAGGUAUAUAUGUCACAAAUAACUUCAAAAAAAAAUAACUUCAAACACUAAUAUUAGAAAUAGUGAAAAUAACUUUCCUAAGCAAGAGAAAAGGCAGCUUAUUGUAAGUGAAUGAACAAGAGGCUAAGUCAAAACACCUGAGUUCCAAAGCCUUUUUUGCCACUAACUAGCUAUGCAAGCUGAUUUUAGGCAAGUUUCUUAUUAGCCUUCUGUGCCUCAAAUUUCUUCAUCUGGAAAAUGGAGAUAAGAACGCCUGCCUACUUAGCUCAGAGUGUUAUUAUGAGAAUUCAUCACCAUGAUAGAUAUGAUUGCCCCUGGAGGGAAAUUCUAAGUGCUAUACAAAGCAUUGUUCUUAGAUAUUGUGAAUCUCAGGCAUUUGUUAAAAAUCCUGGACCCUCGCAAAAAAUAAACACUGAUGGACACCAGAUUCCACCUGUCAUUUUUCCCAGAUGUCCGUCACGAGCCAGCACUUGUCCCAGGAGGACAUGAAUCAGGGACACCAGUUCUCAGCACACAGAGAUCCUGGCAUCAUUCCAGUAUAUGGGAUCCUGAUUUCUGUUUCUCACACCUUGUUUUUUGUUUGUUUGUAUUUGAGUUCCUGAUCGUUUACCCAAAUCAAAUGAAGUGUUGCUGAGAGGCAGAAU